ACAACCAGCUAUACAUUUAUUAUCCUCUGACUUUUAGCUAUCAGGAAGAGACAGGAAGAAUCUGAGAGACAAAUUGUUUAAAAACUCACUGUGCUCUGGUCUCAUUACAUACCCAUAUUUCAGGAUGGAAUCAAUGUUUGAUCUUUGUACCCUAUUCUGCUAUUCUGUUUUGAGAAAAUUUAACAUUAAUCUGUGCAGUUCAUUGUGAAUCAAAAAAUGUUUUUGCAGCAGAAGGAAUUUGGUUUAGUUACGAAGUGAAUGCUGCUGAAAUUAAUCAGCCUGUCUGGUAUUUGAAGCAGGUCUGGCUACUAAGACUGCCUCACUUAUGACUGAAACAAAUAACUUUUCACUACAAGUGACAUCUUUAAGCAGAGGUGAGCGUAAGCCAGUAGUUUUGGGUUUGUAUCUAAAAUAGUCCAAUUUUGGGACAUCUAAUUUCAGAAGUCAAAAGGAUUUGUCUUUUAAAUUAUCUGUGAAUGUGAAAGAUGUUUUUUAGUUGAAUUUUUAGUAGAGUGAAGGUCCUUGAACAUUAUAUGUUUGCUAGUAUGUUUUGCAGAGUGUUCGCGUGUCUGUAGGCAGUAAUGCUGCUACAAAUAUGAACAGGUGCACAAAUUAUCAUGAUCAAACUGUUGUGGUCUAAAUUUAGCUAUAAAAAGAUGUUUUAUAACUUUGUAUUAGAUACCUACUAGUCAAGUUUUGUUGUAUUCAUCCUUGUUGCUUAUCAGUAUUAUGAUAUGGGAAACUAAUUUUAAAAUUAUGUUGGACUAAUACACUCCUAUGGCUUUAGAAGAUGAUAAAGUCUACUGGAAGGGGUAAUGAGAAAUACUUUUGUUUAUGUACUUCUUAUUUGAAAGGAGUCUAGAGAGCUCAUCGAUUAUCUCCUGUGAAAAUUUUCUCAAUAAAAAUAUCUGCAGGACUUCAUGUAACUAAAGUUGAGAAACAGCACGUUCUGAAAGGAUGUCAAAUUCUAUAUAACGUCUAGUGAUAAAGAUUAACUUUGAAUGUCUAUAUAUUAAUUUGUGAGUUUCUCUCUUGUACUUAGAUGCAGAGUCCUGACACAUUAUCAGCUAUGUCAAACUCUAGAGCAAUGCAAGCUUUGCUACAGAUUCAGCAAGGCUUGCAGACACUGGCAACAGAAGCACCUGGACUUAUACCAGGAUUUAAUCCUGGUUUAGGUGGAUUUGGAAGCACUGGAGUUCCUACAGGCUCCACUGUACCUAGUUCUGUUCCCAGUGAAAAUACUAGUCUAGCAUCAGGGGCCAUUGAACCUGGUCACCAGCAGUUUGUCCAGCAAAUGUUGCAGGCGCUUGUUGGUGCAAAUGUUCAGCAGUUACAAAAUCCAGAAGUUAGAUUUCAGCAACAACUGGAACAGCUGAAUGCAAUGGGCUUUUUGAACCAUGAAGCAAACUUACAAGCUCUAAUAGCAACAGGAGGAGAUAUCAGUGCAGCUAUUGAAAGGCUGCUUGGCUCUCAGCCUUCAUAGCAGCAUUUCUUUAACUUGAAAAAAAUUAAUUUAUUUUUGAUAACUGCUCUUAAAUCUUUAAAAUAGUUGCUUUAUUUCAUUCUGACUCUUGGGAUUUUCUUGUUAGAACUAAAAUCAGUUAUGUAUUUUUAAGGUAAAAUGCAGCAGUUUUCUUCAAAUGGGGAAUUGAUGCGUUUUCACUUGGUUGUUGCAUGCAUCACUUUUUUUCUGCAUUAUUUGUUAAUUUUUCAAACUAUCAGCUUUCAUGAUUGGUUGAGCAGGUUUUGUUUGACUUGCAUCUGUCAAUUUUUUUUUAGUACUAAACCAUUAGUCUUCAGUAGUAAUUUAUGCAGGAUACAAAUUAAAAAGGAAACGAUUGAAGCUAUAAUUUGUGGAUACCAAUGCUGAUUAUGAUGAUUACAGCAUGUAUUUUUUACUAGCAAAAUGCUGCAAGAUUUAUACCACUUGAGUACCAUUUUUGCUUUUAUUUGUGUAAAGUAUAAAUAUAACAUAUACAAUGGAUACAGCUCAUUUCUAGAAAUUUACAUAUUGCGAUAGAAUGGAAUUAUAAAUAACCAAAAAAGGCCAGGGGAAAAAAAGGUUGUAAGACAUGGUUUUCAGUGUAGAAUCUUCCAGCAUCUUGGUAAACAUCUCAGAAAAAAUGCUUGGGCAAGUUCGUUUAAAAUGUACUAGAAUUGCUGUUCUAGUAUAUUUUUACUUAUGUUCUAGUUAUAUCUUUACAUCUAACUGUAAAGAAACUUGCAUUGUAACAUUGUCUCAUUGAAAAAUUGUUACAGAUUAAAUUACCUUUCUGCAAAUUAAAGGAGAACUGCCUUUUACUCUGAAACUGCUUCUGUUUUUUUUUUUUUUUUUACUUUUUCCACUGAGAUUCUAAAGUAUUAUGAUUUGUAACUGGAAACAUUACUUUGAACCACUGUCAUGUGAUAUUCUAAUUCCUUCUAACCACCACGUGAAAAAUACUGUACAUCUUCCUAAUUUUUAUUUGUAGUUACCUCUUGCGCACAGGUAAUAAGUGAAUUUAAAAGUAUUUAAGCAUAUUGUUUUGAUGUGUGCAAUUGGUGAUUAUCUGGCAUUCAAGGUGACUGAUCAGCUUAAUAUAGUUGUCAUUUGAGUGUUAGCUCUGGGAAUAUUUACAGACUUUGGGCUGAAAUUAGCAAGCAAUACUUGGUGUAUGAAUUGGAGGGCAGAGAAGAAUAUGAUAUUGAAGACUAUUUUUUUAGAUAAAGUGGAGGUAGUGAAAUAAAGCAUUCUGUUGUGUGUUACUGAAAUGGAUUUGUUUUUUAUUGGUCUUUUGUGUCAGUGUAAUUGUGAGCAUUCUGAUUUAAUUACUGUAUUGCAUUAAACACUUAAUCUGAACAAACUUUUCGGUACAAAUAUAAAUCCAGUUUGCUCUAAAAAACAUUGUCUGCAAAUUGUUUAAAUUUACUGGUCUUUGGCUCAAAGUUGUUAAUAAGUGAAAUGAAGUAUUAGUUUUAACUAAUAACUGAAGUAUUACAAUGGUAAACUAUUGUUCCUUUAUAUUCUAAUGGAAUAUAAAGGAGGGUGUUAAGCACGCUUUCUUCUCUAAACAGUGAAGUUAUUAAAACUCUUGGCAAAGCCAAGCAUGCAGAUUUUUCAGGAAGUAAUCAUGUUGUAUUCUUCUCUCAGAAGUUUGUCUGUCCAGUAACCUUGUUUCUUCAGCAAUAAAUUAAUUGAUCAAAUGUUGCUGAUGUUCUUUUGGGUAAAGUUUAAAAAAAAAUCUCAGUUGUCAGGCCUCUGGAUCAAAGUCUCAUACAUACAGCAACAAAGAGUAUUAAACACACAACUGAAUUAAAAUAGAAUCUCCUGGUGAUUAGAGUUUUAUAUAGUUAAAGCCUUUUAAAAUACUUAGUUCGGGUGGGAAUUUAUUACUUUUGUUUCUUAGCCAAUGAUAGUAAACCUGCAAGUGACCAGACCUUCACUGUGCCUUCUUUUUGGGUAGGUAGCUUUCAUUGUACUGGGUACAAGGCUGUGAUACAGAAGUAAUAGCAAGUAGUUUCUGUAGAUAAAUCACAAUUUUUUCACAGUUACACUUAAGAUCUUAAAAGUAACUAAUCUGACUUGACCUUAUAGUAUGCCUUAUAGGAACUUUGCUUUAAAAAAGUGAGAUCUCCAGUCAUUCAGAAGGCAUAUCCUUAUAAAAAUAUAAUCUGUAACUUACAAAAAGGCCACUGUCAAAUUGAAAGGACAAGGCUGAGAUAUGGGAGUGAUUUUUGCCAAGCUUUAUUAUGAUACUAAAACACUUAAUCUGAUGAUAUACAUGAACAUUCUUUUGAGACAAUAUCUAGUUCGCCUAUGCAAUUAAAACAGAUAUGCUAUUUUAAGUGAAAUUGUUAGAAUUUAAGAAAAAAAGUGGUUUAACAGAAAUUGUACGAUGAACCCUUGAGCUAAGUUUACUUCUUGUACAAUCAAUGUUUAACUGUCACUAAUUUAACUAUGUACCAAUUGUCAACUAGUAAUGACAAUUAGUAAUUGAGUAGUGGUAAAACAUUGAAACAUCAUUAGUAUGGGAGGAAUUUUGGUUUUGUUGAAAAAGACUUUCACUGUUAAAAGUGGCAUUAGGUAGAAUAUGGUUUGUAGUAGGAGUAAAAUUUUAUUAUGUCUUUAAUAAUAAAUGAUACAUCACACUUGUUGGUUUAAUGGCAUAAUAGAGUAAGCAAUCAUGAAGAUUCUAUCUCCUGCCCCUGUCACACUAGGCUUUUAGGUGCUCACUUUUGAAAAUGUCUGAUUUCUUUUUGGGUAUGAGGGCUUGAAAUUUAAUAUUACUGCUUGGUAGUCUCUCAUGCAGCUGCUUUCCUAUCACUGUGUAGUUUCCUGAAUUAUUUAGUUUUCUUGUGUCUGAAAAAAA